AUGGGAGAUGACAAAACUAAUAUUCAUCUUCAUGACGACCAAGGUGAAGAGACAGAAGAAAAUAUUCAUCUUCAUGACGACCAAAGUGAAGAGACAGAAGAAGCACUUUCUCUUUGCGACCUUCCCUUAGAUUUUGAUACCAAUAGCAACCCCGAAAAUGAUGACUUGCAAAAAAUAUUGCCUGCUCAAUCUCGAAGAUCGUCAUCCGAGCCUGCCCCUGAAUUUUUCGAGUUUCUCACUGACUUUAGCUCCGAUACGUGCCCAGCUGACGACAUAAUGUUCUCCGGCAAACUCAUUCCUUUGAAAGAGCAACAUGUUUCCUAUCAAACGCCAAGAGAUUACCUUUUUGAAGAUAAGAGCAAAACCCAUGUAUUACUCAAACGAUCUGAAUCACUUUCCGAGUUACGCAGCAAUUACAUGCAUCGGUCUGACAGCACCAAAAACACAACACUUCUCAGGAACAGCCGUUCGUUGGAUUCUCAAAAGCUUCACCGCUAUGAAAUGGAGAGGAAUCCUUCGACAAGAAGCGUAGGAAAAUCCAAAGUUUCUCCUAAAAAAGCUGUUAAACCAAGGUGGUAUGUUUUCAUGUUUGGAACGGUUAAGUUUCCACCAGUAAUGGAGCUUAAUGAUAUCAAAAGUCGGCAGUUCCGUCGGAGUCCAUCGGUUAUGUUUCCCACGUUGGAAGACGGGGGCAAGAAGUUCACCGGAAUCCGAAGCACAGGCAAAAGUUCUUGGAGCUUGUUAAAAGUGUUGAGUUGCAGGGAUCAUACAAGCGUUGCUGUAACGACUUCGUUCUGGAUGCCUCAAUCACAGUAG